UCCACGCGAGGUGGUGUGGCCCUGGCGGAUCGGGCAAGGGUCAUCGGUUUUCACUCGCCUCGUGCACCCCAGUUCAGUCCUGGCUAUGAGACCCCCGCACCUCCACCUUUCUACCACCUCCGGCGCCCGGGCCCUGGUGAAGCCGCUGCUUCCGCUACUGAUGGCGCAACUCUGGGUCACCGAGGCCCUGCUUCCCGGAAACGACACGGGCUUGGAUCGUGCGGCCUUCGGCAGCCCGUGCGUCCGCGGUUCGCAGCCCUGGCAGGUCUCCCUCUUCAACGGCCUCAAGUUCCACUGCGCGGGCGUCCUGGUGGAUCCCAGCUGGGUGCUUACGGCCGCACACUGCUGGAGAAACAAGCCUCUGUGGGCUCGAGUCGGGGAUGACCACCUGCUGCUUCUCCAGGGGGAGCAGCUCCGCCGGACUACGCAGGCCUUUAUUCACCCCAAGUACCAGCAGGGCUCAGGCCCCAUCCUGCCCAGGCGGACUGAUGAGCACGACCUCCUGCUGUUGAAGCUGGGCAGGCCCGCUGUGCUGGGGCACCGUGCCCGGACCCUGCGGCUGCCCUACACCUGCGCCGUCCCCGGAGACAGCUGCCAGGUGGCUGGCUGGGGGACUACGAGCACCCGAAGAGUGAAGUACAACAGGAGCCUGAGCUGCUCCAGGGUUACUCUGCUGAGCCCCAUGGAGUGCGAGGGCUUCUACCCGGGCGUGGUCACCAACAACAUGAUUUGUGCCGGGCUGGACCAGGGCCAGGACCCUUGCCAGAGUGACUCCGGUGGCCCGCUGGUGUGUGACGAGACCCUGCAAGGCAUCCUUUCCUGGGGCGUUUACCCCUGCGGCUCUGUCCAGCAUCCAGCUGUCUACACCCAGAUCUGCAAAUACACCAGCUGGAUCCAGAGAGUCAUCCGCUCCAACUGACCUGCAGCCCGGGGCCCUGCACCUCUGUCCCCUGCCUCCCUGCAUGCGGGAGCCUCUCUGCCUGUCACACCUGCUACCCUCCACCCUCUCCCCUCUCCAUUGCUCACACCGGAGCCCAAGUGCGGAAAACAGAGGCAGAACUUUGUUCACGCAAGGAAGCUGGUGUAGUCAUCCAGCCUCUGAGAGAUGCGAUCGGGCUCACGCUACUGGGCUUCCUGGACCACUCCCUGCCGUGUGACUUGGCAAGCCCAGUACCCUCCCUGGGCCUUGUUUUCCUUGCCCGCAAAAUGGGGACAGUGCAGUGCCUUAGACAUGUCUCGAGGAGCUGAUGAAAUUUGCACGUGACUCUUUCUGGUCACUGCCGUGGCACUCCGUGAUCUGUGAGCGCUGACUAAACAUUAUUAUCCUCCUGAUCACUUCCUGGUUCAAGCAUGAUGAUUAUUUCCGGAUGCAGUGCCCUGAGGUGGUCUCCAACCUGGUCUCCAGUGAGAUUCACACUCCCCGUGCCUCUCUGAAGCCUCAGGAAGCACCUUUGAAAGAUCUCCUCCUUUCCUCCCAGUGUUCCCCAUUCCUGAGUCCACCCAACACCAUCAGGUCCUGGCCCAAGCUGCCUGGCUCGUUCUCAAGCUCAGGGGACCAUGGGAACUCGGGAACCCACCCUGGCUCCAAACCGGUCACGAUGUCCAUACCCAGAAGCCUCCCUCUGAAGUCCCACGGAAACCUUUGGUUGCCUUGCUAUUCAUUGGCCUUGAGAUUUUGUCCCAAAAGCUCAGGAGCGUUUUCUUCUCCCUCAGGUGAUCUGGGAUCUUAUUUCCAUCCUGGGCUGGGACUGGAGUGGGGUGAGGGUGUUACACACACAAUCCAGGCAAAGCCCGUAGACACUGAGUUUCCACUAAACGGGACACUGGCACCGCCCACGGCUUCCCCAAAAGCCGGGUCUGUUUUUGUUCCCCCUUCAAUCACCAAGUUCUCAAGCGCCCGCUCUGUACCAGGCCCGGCACUGCACAGUGGGGAUGUGGCAGUGACCACAGCCAGGCCCCCCGCUCCCGCUCCCAGAGAGCCCGAGAUGGCCGUGCGAGGUCCACGGGCGGGGUCGCCGUCCCUCUCCCUCCGUGCCCUCAGCACACCCAGGAAAUGUCAGCCUAGUCUGUCGGGCAAGGCUGUCACCGGGGGACCCAGGCAAUGUGGGUGGGAACUCCCCAGGGACUCACAGCUGCAGGCUGCUGGCCGCUGCUGAGUGUCAUGAGUCACGUCCUCUGCCAGCUCCUACCCUCAGGAAGCUGCUCGUCAGGUGCGGGACACAAAGGCGAGCCUUACGUGCCUGGCAUUCAGCUCUGCACUCAAAGACGCCUCCUCCAGGACUCCCCUGGGUGAAGAGUCACUGAUCGCAUCGAAUUCACUCUGCCUCUCUCUUCACACAAGCACCACGCCUGACGCUCUCACAUUUCUGCGUAGCUCUUGGUCUCUGAAUCCCUGACAUGCACACACAUGGAGCCCACGAGGCCAGGGGCUCAGACACUUGCUCGCACUGUUUUCUAAGCCCUAUGUCAGGCGCAGGAGCCCCUCGGCACGCUGUUGAAUGGACAGGUAACGUGUGCUAAGAGAGGAGGGGUGAUGUACACCUCAGAGGGCCACAAACUGCCUGCAGGACUGAGGGAAGGCUUUUCACACAAAAGGACAUUCUUGUGGGGUUUUAAAGGACAUGUAGGAGGCAGGCACAGCAGUGCAUUCCUGUAAUCUCAGGACUCUGGGAAGCUGAGGCAGGAGGGUGUCAAGUUUGAGCCCUGCUCGGCAAACUUAGCAAGAUUCAGUCUCAAAAAAUACAAAGGGCCGGAGAUGUAGCUCAGUGCAAGGGCCCAGGUUCAGUCCCCAGU